CGUGAAAAGCCAGCAGCAGCGGUUUGAACUCAGCUUUGCCGGCAGCACGCACAAGCCACAAUCCCGGAUUGCCAAGGCGCACGCGCCUUCGCGCCUUCUGGAUCCCAGGAGCACGGACCCAAGGUCACGUUUCGACUGGCACACAACGAACCGUUCACCUUACGAGGUUCGGCCAUCUGUUCGACUGCAACUCAAUUGCGAUCACCGUCGCAAACGCUGUUCUGCACAAACGCUGCACCUCUACCUCCGCAUCCGCGACCACUCAGGCCCACGUACCACGUUUAGCAGUAACAGACCCUGGUUCGCACAUACGUCCAUGCCGCGGUCGUUGAAGUUCAACCCUAAUAUCUCAAGCUGCAACUAUGUCCUCAUAUCGAUACCCGGACAGCAACAGGAAUGGACGAGACAGAUCGCCACCAUAUCGAGACCGCAGGCCUUCCACUUUCGGCGGUGGAUACCCACCAAGAGCCAACGACAGUGUGAGGCCUAAUCAAGAACCCAACAACUUUCCGCCACGAGACCUUCCUCGAGGACCCAAGACGCUUUCUGAUGCUCCACGCGGCCCUGCUCCUGCAGGUCCAUCUGGAGCGCCGUCAACACCUCGUGAUGGACGAGGGAGAGGCUUUCCUGGCAGGGGUGAGCCGACACCAUUGCGAGAUGCACCGCCGCUCAGCAGCGGACCUGCACCUCCAAUGACGAACACACACAAUUCCUGGAGAGCUGACCGCGACCGCGAUCGCGACCGGGACUUCGAUCGCGACCGAAGAGAAAGACGCCCAACCCCACCACCACGACGCUCGCCUAUUCGCGACCUCCGAGAUCCUCGAGACCAAAGAGACUUCCCACCACGUGAUCUUGAUGUUGGUCGAGCACGCCGAAACUCUCGGGAUGGACCGCCCUCGGCAGGGUCUACAUUCUCAGAUCCUCCCGUUUUGGGCACCGGCUCUUCGUACCGUGGCAGUGGAAUUGGACGAGGACGAGGUGGUAGGGAUUUUGGUGGACGGGGCAGACCCUUUCACAACGACGAUCGAGACCGACAUCAUGAUCCCAGGGACCGCCCUCUAGACCGCUCGUACAGGCCGCGCAGCCGAUCGCCCAUACGGCGAGAUCGAGAUAUGCGGGAUGAACGAGAAUUCGACAGGAGAGAUCGAGAUGAUCGCAGAUUCCCCAGGGAAUACGAUUCUUACAUAGGACCUGCUGGCGCUGCCAAACCUGGCCCGAGAGCAUUGGACGCCCAUCGUGGCCCCGGAGCGCCUGACUCGCGCCACGUGCCAGGCACACCUACUGGGCAACCGCCACACUCUUCGCACCACGCACCUACGGCGGACCGGCUAGGCCCCCCAAUGGACUCGUACUCUCGACGCUCGUCUGUUGCCAUUGAUUCAUCAGCUGUCAAGGACUCCCGUCGAGAUCCCGGUAAGGACGAUCUUCUGCUAGCUAGCCGCGCAGAGGCGUCCAGAGAAAGGUAUGCUCCACGUGCUUCGUCGCCACCCGCUGCAGUCCCGGCCUUUGGAUCUAAUGUCUGGAGGAACCCCACGCUUGAUGUAAAGCCGAGCACAGCUGCAGCGCCACCUCCGAAAUCUGUACAGGCCAGCACUCUAGUAUCGGCCACACCCGCUCCUUCGGUGACAGCGCUUUCCUUAGCAAACUUGUCUGCCCCCAUCACAGCGCCUGUCCCGGCUCCUUACUUAGCGCCAAACCCUGCUUCAGCUGUUAUUCCUUCUCCGCCGCCUGCGCCUGCGUCUAUCGCGCCUGUAGCGCCUCCAAUCGUUGCACCACCCACACCUGCAGCACCUAGAAUUACCGCGCCCUCUACUUUCGUUGCUCCACCUACAGGCCCCAAGGCAGACAGAGCACCCGACCGAGUUACAUCCGAACGACCGCUCGUCGAUGCGCCCACGCAAGAGAAUCGACCGGCCCCCCCAAAUGGCCCACUACGUAUGGAUCCACCGCCGAGUGUGCAGAUGUCUGCCCCAGCCAUGUCCAGUGUGCCCGAGAUAGAGAGAACGGACAGCAAAGCGCCCGUCUCGCGACCUGUCAAUGGACCUCAAUACUCAGCACGCCAGGGACCUCCACCGUCAGCACCAUCAGGCCCUGCGAAGUCUCCACCUCAAGGCCCUGCACCACGACCGCGACCACCUCCCACUGCGCCGCAGGCGGCUAUGAGGGCUAACGUAUCGCCGUCCUUCUCGAGGGCUCCCCUGUCUUCGUACGCACCAAGAGACGCAUCUUCCAGCACCGCGCAGCCUCCACCCUUGGGACCCCGCAGUAGUAGUGGCGACGCCUCUAUAAACACGUCUCCAAAAAGCCUGCCUGCCAAUAUACCGACUGGUCCCAAAGCUGAUAGGGCGUCCAUGGCAGCACGACCACUUCCACCCUACGCGCCAUCUGAGCGACCUGGCUUCAUCGCGCCAAGAGCACCCAUGGGUAGCGGGCCGAAAAGCAUGCAGUGGGUCCGACCAGGCCUCAUUCCCAACCGAUCGACUGUUCCCACCAAGCGAGAGCUACCUGUCGAUGAUCGCGAGCGGUCAUUUGGGACAGUUCCCAAAGCUCCCAAGCUCGAAUUCGGCAACACUGCUGCCAAUAUGCAUCCACAACGUGCGCAGCAGGCACGGUUUGGCUCGCCGGUAUUAUUCCGUCCUCCUGGAGAUUAUGACAGGCCACGAGGGCGAGCUGCAUCGGCAGAGCGAUCUCUAGUCCCGUUGUUGAAACCCGGAGCGAUUGAGACAAGGCGUCAUUCUGACGUGGUCAUGGCUGACGCACCUCCUCACCCUGUACAGCCACCUGUAUCAUUUGCACCUUCCGCACCGGAUGCCUUGCAAGACUCUGACGAGGAUCUUGAUCUUGAUGAGGAUGACUUCGCUGAAUCAGAAGCGAAGUACAACAAAGACAAGGCUGCCCUUGAAGCAAAGCUGAUAGACCUUAGUGCACCCCAUCUGCGUGCAACCACUCCACUACAAGAAAUUAUCUUGUUGUCGUCCCUGACUGCUGCUCACCUGCCUGUGCCAUUUGAGGCAAUCGGGCAAGAGACCCUCAAGAAAGAAGAUGCACCUCGUCCUCAAGAGAUUCGAGUAGCAUCGCCUCUGCAACCUCGUGUCGCACAUGAUCCAGUAGCGCCUCUGACGCCUAGAGCAGAAGAUACUGAUGAUAGUGGCAUGGAUAGGAGAGCUGACCGCUCGAUCGCCCCUGCGACCGUUGCUUUACGUUUACGGCGUGAGGCUUCCAAGGAGCCGGAGGUGUUGUCUGACCUCAGUGGGCUGCCGUAUCUUGGAUCUGGUCCUCCCACACCACUCUCUGACAUAGAGCAGGAUCGCCCUGGCUUGGACGAUUUCAUCAAGUCUAACAUGCUCAAAUUAUAUCAGAAGACUGUUCGGCCUGAGCUAAACGAAGAAGAGACUUUGCAACAGUAUGCUGUCAGGUACAAAUUGUGGCGUCAGUCCAUUCGGCAGUGGGAUGAGGAGCGCGAACAGGACGAACAGGAACGCCAACCUUCAGCUGAACCUAGCCUGAAAGCCACAACGCCGGACGUGCAAAGCUCAACGAUGGGUGCUUUACUCGAUGUUUCAGGUCCAACUGGACGACGUAGCCACGCUAGUCGAUGGGCAACGGAACUCGAUCUGGAGGCGGUGAUCAAGGAAUCUCUCAAGACCGCUGAAGAGGAGAGGAUGGGCAAGCAAGAUCCCGAGCCAAGGAGAAGCAUGUCCGACCCUGAGAAAGAAGCCGACCUACCCGUAGAGCUCAGCGAAGCAGAGGCUCAGCGUCGCAACUUCAUUGAUACCAAUUUCCAGCGUGAGCCGGGACAAGGCAUCUUUGCAUUCCACUACGAACCACCAGAAGAUGACUUCACCCCGGACGAGCACCGUGUCAUGGUCGUAAACUACAGAGAUCAGUACGCUAAGAAGUGGGGCAAGCUGGCAGAGAUUCUCUACAAGGAAUGUGGCACUGAGCGAACCUACAAAGACUGUAUUAACCAUUACUACGCCACAAAGUGGGCAAGAGAGUACAAGGGCAAGGUCCGAGGCAGGCGCGGGGGUGCGCGAAAACGCGGCGGAGGUGCUGCACGUGGCCGCGGAGCCAUUGCAAACAUGGAACGACCUGAGAUCACAGGAGAAGACGGGCUUUCCGGUCCUGUCACGGAAUCUGGACGACCUCGACGCUCAGCAGCGCCCACUUUUGGUGGUAUGGAGGCUGAUUUCGACCCAACUGCUGCGCUACCGACCGGCCGAGUUCGUCGGCAAAUUGAUGCAGACGGUAACCCAGAAAAGGCUAGUAGACGGAGCAAAGCCAACAAGGAUAAGGGCAAGAAGGUUAAGAUCCAGCCCCUUGCUGCAGCUCCUGUUGUAUCUCCGGUCAAAUUCGACCGCAAAGAGAAAGCGCCUGGUGUCAAAGCAGAGGAUGAGUUUGGCAAGCGACCAGUUACCGAGAUGCCCACUCCUAUACACGUGACUCAACACGAGGAUCCGAUGAGUGAUCCUGCGCUGUUAAAUCUGCGGGGCAGCCAUGUUGAGAUCCCUUCGCUCUCCGGGAGCAUACCUGUGGGUAUGAUGGAUCGACAGAAGACUCAGCCAAACGCCAGACCUGGUCCUUCGAGCUACUGGUCAGUUUCUGAACUGCAAGACUUUGAGAAAAAUGUGGCACACUUCGGUACGGACUGGAUUGGAUUCGCCAACCAUAUGGGUACGAAAACGCAUAUCAUGAUCAAGAACCAGUACUUGCGCAUGGUAGAAGGCGGUAAAUCAGAGCUUGAACAGGCGGCGAAAGACGCCGAUGCGAGAAGGGAGCGUGGCGAUGAUUUAGGACCACCACCGACGCCCACUCCUGCCCCCAAGAGACGUUACGAGAGCACACAAAGCGUACUCCCACGUAGUCUUGCACCUGCCGAACAGAAUCAGUCUCCUCUGAUCAAUCCCGUCAAUUUACCCAGGAACUCGCCUCCUCCGGCAGCUCAUCCCUCGAGAUUCAUAUCACAGGCUGCCGCUCAAGGAAAGUCACUUGUGCCCUCUACAUCUGGCUUUUCGCCGCUGCCAGAGACUGCUCUUGCAUCGGUACCUUCGAUGACGCACCACCAAUCGCCGCCUGCGCCCUUGUCUCGGAAUCAGCCGCAACAUCCCCCUCAGCAUGGCAUGCCACAACACAGACCACAUCACCAGCCACCUCGGGCAGGGUAUUUUUCUGAUGACGUACAGUCUCGUCUUGAUAACCGCGUAUCUUCGCAAUCGUCCCAUCACCACCCCUCAAGGUCUAUGCAGUCGCACGGUGUACCGCAGAUGCGUGCCCAAGAACAACACCCACAGCCUGGUUUCCGUGGGAUGAGCCAUCAAGAGCGUGAGAACUUGGUUAGGGCCGAGCUUCAGCAGGAACAGGAGCAUCGCUACCAGCAGCACCAACACGCUCGACGGAUCUCGCAAGAGAUGCACCAUCACCAAAGAGCAUUCCCUCCAGGUGGACCACCGCCACUUAUGCCGCCCGUGCGCUCCAACUCAAUAGUGAGGUCGCCAGAGCACCGACCAAUGUCAUACUCGCACUCUCGUCAGGUCUCGCAAGCUCAGGCUAUGACUCAGCCACCUUCCGAUUUGAUGUCUCAGGCGCACGGUAUAUUCUCUGGCGCUCAACCACUGCCAUCGCGCUCUUCGAUCUCCACUCCCCCAGUCAAAGAAGAGCCAAGGCACGCCCCGCCGUCCGCGAUCCCACAAGCACAGCAAACGCCGAUUCUUCAGUCUCAGCAUCAGGCUCGUCCAUCGUUCAACCAACUUCCUCCACAGAAUGUGCCACCACCAAAGCCUGCUCAAGCGCCCAGGAAGUCCAAUUUGUUGUCGUUGCUCAAUGAUCCCGAACCCGAUGAACCCUCCCGGAAGAAGGCCGCAGACCAAGGUCCCCCCUCGCAUAGUACAACGCCCUCGCAGCAGGCUCCUAUCGCGCCUCCGCCGAGUUCCUCGCAGACAUUAGCGCCGAGACGCGAUGUGUAUGGUGAACCUGCAUCAACGCAGCCACCAUAUGGUCGAUCUUCGUACGCACCGCAAAAUUCAAUGCCAUCUUCAACGCACGGUAGGUCUAUUGACUUGACCAAUGAGCAGCCUCAAGGUAGCAGACAUGGUUCUCGUGAUGGCUGGCAGCAACGGCAGCAAUUCCACCCUAGCCAAAGCCAGGCGCAGCAGCCAGUAUCUCUACCAACAUCUCACCCUGGCCUGCCCCAGCCUGCAUAUAGCGACUCCAGGCUAUUCGGCAACCAUCGCUCAGUCUUUGCUCAGCACAAUGCGCCACGGCACAACCCUUCGCCGCCGCCCAUGACUGCUUACAAUAAUUCGCCCCACUUGCACUCUCGUACGCCAAGUGUAAGUGGGGCGCCAGGACAGCCUCCACGUCCUGGCAUGCCAGGUGCUGGACCAACUCAGCAUGCGCAGGCAGGUUCGGCUGCGUCUAGUCAAAUCCUGCAGCCAAACCCUUACGCACAAGUCGAUCCUCCUGGAGCUGGUGCUCCACCAUCAGGUCCGAUGGGAAUGCGACCGAGCCCACAUCUGCGCACUAGCCAUGUAGCACAGCAGAGGGAUGUUCCGAGCCGCAACGACCACUCACAAGCUCAAAACACAGGUCUGACAUUCUCGAACCCUCCGACACCGAACGAGCACCCAGCUCAUCCCUCAAUCCGAGGACCCGGCAGUAUGACGGAGUCGUAUCGUCCACGAGAUCCCCGCGACCUCCAUCAUGAUCUCGAAUCGCGCAAUUCGGAUCGUGACACCAGCCGAGAGCUUUCCCAACGAACAGAGUAUUUGCGAGAGCAGCUCGCGAACCCACAUCUACGCUCGACCCCUGUACACGAAGACUUGCGCUAUCAAACUCAACAGCCGAACCCCGGGUAUCUGUCACAGCGCUCGCAUACUCCACUAUCAAGAAACGAUGCAGGACAGCAGCCCCCUCCUCUCCAACACCCACCGCACUCUUCCUUAGGCACGAACAGCCACCCGCUUUACGGUCAACGCUUGUCAGAAGAGCCAUCUCGGUUCUCUCAACCAUUCCCCCGCGACCGAGGGAUAGCAGAUCGCAUUCGUCAGGAGUCAGCACAGCAACAACAGGCGGCCCUCAACCGUGAGGAGCAGAUGCGCAGGGAGGGUCAGAUGCGCGACCAAGAAAUGCGAGAUCGGGAGCUUAGGGAGCGCGACGCACACUUUCGCGAGAACCUCAUGAGAGGUAAUCUUGGACCGUACGGAAGACCGGACCAGAGACAGCCGCCUACAGGACCUGGUGGACAUAUGGAUUGGACCAGUGGUGUCAGCCGGCCACCGCAGCGCGACGGGUGGCAGCGAUAGACGCACGACUUCGAAUAUGGCGUUUGGAGAAUUUGGUCUGAUCUGGAAGGACUGCAUCUGUUUGCAAGCAUACCGCAAACGAGGCGUUCAAUCUCCUUUGUAGGAUGACUAGAUGACUUGAUCAUUCCUGGCGGCUUUGUGCAUAACAUCUUGUUCCGUUUGUCUGGCAUGAGCGUUAGUUAGAGCGAGUGUGAUCGUACUUGUAUUAUACCUUAUUUUAACGAAAUUAACAUUCAAUCACGUGUCAAUUCCUCACGUAUGUCGGACUGGCUGUGAGGAGAGAAUAAAUG